GCGGAUAAAAAUAUUGGUGAUAAUGAUGUUAAAAAGAUAAUGGACACUUGGACUCUUCAGAUGGGUUACCCAGUGGUCAAUGUCCGACGCCUCAACGACACUCAUUUCAAUGCUUCCCAGGAACACUUUCUUAUCAACCCUGAUGCUGGGGUCGAUGAUAGAUACACCGAUCUGGGAUACCAAUGGUAUGUUUACCUCACCUACACUCAGCAGACGGACCCUGAUUUCGAUACACCUUUGAAUAUCUGGAUGGAACCAAACAUGACAACCCUUGUACCUGUUUCACCUUUUAUGGUUGCUGAUGAUUGGUUUCUUGUAAACAUUAAGCAGUAUGGUUAUUAUCGAGUAAAUUAUGACGAUGACAAUUGGGCUCGCCUCAGCCAACAGUUAAUGGAUGACCAUACGGCACUCCCGACAGAGAACCGUGCCCAGCUCAUCAAUGAUGCCUUCACCUUGGCCCGGGUGGGACGCGUGGAUUACCCCACUGCUCUUGAUCUAACUCUUUACAUGGAGCAGGAGGAGGGCUACGUACCUUGGGAAGCAACCCUUGGGGCCAUCUCAUACAUCAGAGAUAUGUUUAGCAGAUACUAUGGUUAUGGACCAUUAGAGAGAUAUAUGCGUGAUAAGGUUCAAGCAUUAUACGAUAGUCUCGGAUGGACUGAUGAUCCAGAAAACGAUCUGCAUCUUGAUCAAUUUAACCGAGAAAAUGCAAUUGCUACGUCAUGUAGAUAUCGCAACCAAGAUUGCUUGGACACGGCCUCUGCACUGUUCUCUCAAUACAUGACAGAUGAUGCAAACAAUGUGGACAACGAACCAGAUUACAUAAUUAACCCCAUCUCCCCGAACUUGAAGAGCGUGGUAUACAGAUACGGUAUCCAAGAAGGGGGGCAGGUGGAAUGGGAGUUUGGCUGGAGAAAGUAUCAAGAAACCACGGAUCCCUCAGAGAAAAUCAAAUGGCUUGUGGCUCUUUCCUACUCUCAGGCACCCUGGAUUCUAAGCAGAUAUCUGGAUUACUCCUUAGAUAGUGAUCUUGUGCGUAGUCAAGAUUCAUCUACAGUCAUUGUCACUGUGUCAAGGAACUACAUAGGACGUUCAAUUGCUUGGGAUUAUCUGCGGUCAAACUGGGAUACCUACUUGAAUUAUUAUCGUACAAGUCCAAGUAGUUUAGGUUAUAUUGUCUCUGAGGUUACAGAAGAUUUCAAUACUGAACUGGAACUUGAAGAGGUUAUUGCUUUCAGAGAAGGCAAGGAUCUUGGUCCAGCUACACGUGCAUAUGAGCAGGCGAUAGAGGUUAUCAACACAAACAUCGCAUGGAUGAAAAGCAGUGCAACUAUAGUAGCAGAAUGGUUUGAAGAUGCAGCUCCUCCUAUAGGAGAAUAAACAGGCUAGAGAGCAAGCGCCCUCAUUGUCUUCUUUCUGCCAAUCAUCAUCUUCGUCUCCUCUCUUUCUUUCUCUCUUCCCUUUCUCACUGCUUCUUUAAAGGGGUAUUCCAGGCUGAAAUUCAUCCAGCAAAAUGCUGCAAAUUUCAUUAAAAUCUGAUAUGAUAUAAUGAAGAACUUGGAUUUUAAAGUUUAGCGAUAUUUUGUGAAAACAGUUACAUGCACCACGUCAUGAAUAUUCAUUAGGAGGGGUGAUGAUGCCAUAUCCCCACUUUCCUUUUUAUGUUAUGAAAUCAAAAUUACUUCAUAGUUUCAUACAUGUGUGCAUAAUAUAUCUCCCUUGUGACAAAAUAAGUUGCAUAUAUGAAUAUAUUAAACAUUAAAUCAGUUGUCAAUCAAAUUCUUUCAUUCUUGUUGACAAUAUUUGAAUAAAUGUAAUAUUAUAUAAUAAAAUACAGAAUUAGUGGGGAUAUGACAUCAACUGCUAGCUCAUUGGAUAUUUAUAAAAACAUGCUUAGAACUUUUUCACCAAACUAAUGCUAAGCUUUAAAAUGUCAUAACUCUGAUAAUUCCUUGUCCGAUUUCGAUGAAAUUUGCUGAAUUUUGCUUGUCGGAUUUUACAUAAUCUGUUCAAAUCAUACUAUUUUCAUCAUGGAGUACCCUGUAAUAAUCACGAUUGAACUGAUACACUACACAGUGAUUGAUAAUUCAAAAAAAAUAUUCAACAAAAACAUUUUUUUUUGCAUUAAAACUAUUUUUGUGAAUUAUCUAAAAUUAUCAAUUCAUAUUGAUAUUGGUAUCUUUCAGUUCAACUUCAAAUUGGCCUUGAAGUAUAGCCCAUUCAUAGGCUAAGUGUUUUCAUGUGUAUAGGCUUUUUGUGAUCAAUCAAAUUGUGCUUGUGGAAGUGUCGUGGUGUAGCGGUUCUGACUCUCGCCUUGUAAUCAGAGGGUCGUAUGUUCGAAUCCCACCAUGGCCUAGCUUCCAUUGGUAAGGCGUCAAUCCACAAUUUGCUACUCUCCACCAAAGUGUUUAAUGGGUACCCGGUAGGAUGCGAAAGCCUACGUAGUAUGCCUAGCAAUUGAGUCUUGGAACUCUUGUUGGAAUGCUCCCCAGGGAGUUGAGAAGGUGCAUGCGUUGUAUGCCGGCAUGCAAGGAUCCGAUGCCCGGGGUUAAUACUAUAUCUGUAAAGCGCUUAGAAACGUUGUUCCGAUGUAUUAAGAGCUAUAUUAAUGCGGAAUAUCAUUAAAAUUAUUACUUUGCAAAUUAUUGUUAUCACGCAUCCAUCAAAGAAAGGAUUGGAAUGCUUUAAAAUAAAUUUUUGUUUUCUUACUGUGAUGUACUCUAAUUUCCGUAGCCCUUUAAAAAGGCUUUGUGAUAAUAAUACUACUCUUGUUUUUGUAUAUAUACAUGUAGUGCAAAUUACAAUGAAGUCUCUUAGUACUGAAAUAGACAUGCAAAUAAGUUUUAAAAAAUCAAUUCUUUUUCUGAAUUUGUUCAAUUUGUUACAGCAAAACAUAUGAAGUAGCCCCAUGGUCACUCUGGACUAUGGGAAAAAAAAGAGCAAAUAGUUUACAAUUGGUCACAUAUAAAGUAGUAAUAUUAAAUGCAGGUUUUGAGACAUUUGUUUUGUGUAUACUGCAGAAGGUGUGGAAGGCAUAACAGGGAAUUUACAACUAUAAAACUAAAAGAGCGUCCCUCUUGUUCAAAACUUAUAUACGAUGUUAUUUUAUCACUUAUGGGUUUAAAAUAUAUCAUCAUAUGCUUUAAACUUUUGCCUAAAAAUGUACCAUUGCUUAAAAUGACUGUACAAUAUUGACUUUUUAGCACCUUUUUUUUCUUUGACAUUUCUUAUACAAUUAUGUUCAUGUGGGAUCAACUUAUCAUUAACUCCUCGUUCACCAAUCCACGAUUACGUACCAAAAAGUGUGUGUAUCAUAUUAGCUUUGUAAGUACUAUUUUCCCUUCUUUUCUGUUUCAUCUAAAUACAAGGUAACUAACAUUUCACAUUCCUUAGAAAAUAAGGAUGUUUUUUCUUCAUUAACAAUUGACAGUGUUAAGUUCAUAUCUUAACUAGUUCGCAGAAGCAAUUUAAGUUAUAAACAACAUUCCACCUGUGUGUAGUAUAUGAAAUCCAAUUUACAUGUAUCACAUAUUACUGUAGAGAUAGCUCACUAAAAGAGAAGUUAUUUAAGUGAUUUGACAAAGGAAGACAUGAACAAAGAAUUGCAAUAGCUAUGUCUAUGUAAUUAAAUGUAUCAUAGUAGUAUCAUAAUGAUUAUUGUACAACGCCUACUUAGCUUGUUGUACGCGAGCAAAUGGGAGGCUGAAUGUCAAACAUUCGUACCGUUGCACAAAAGACGUACCAUCCAAAAUGUACCGUCCAAAAUGUACCGUCCAAAAUGUACCGUUGCACGGCUUUAGGAGGUGACGUCACAAUACGGUUUAAAUCAUUGCGCUCAGUAAAAAUGAACAAUACGCGUAUUUAUAAGCCAGCUGGCUAAAUGCGCAAGGCCCAAAGUCGAGUCAUGUGCGCUUGUGGGAUUUUGCUUUCUGCUUUCGGCAUUUUUGCUCCCUUUUCAUAGAUUACUAUAGGGAUAAACUCUUGUUUUUUCAUAUUUUCGCUCAAUUCCGAGGCGUUGUACAACACAAAUAGCGAAUAUUCUUAUUCGUGCAAUGGUGCGAGAUUUUGCAUUCGGUGAAAGAAAGAAACGCUCUAUUCAACUCGGCUAACGCCUCGUUGAAUAGAGCAUCUUUCUUUCACCUCAUGCAAAAUCUCGCACCAUCGCACUCAUGCCUAUUCGCUAUUUGUAUACUAUCACUGAAAUAGUCUUAUUCUGAAUUAAAAAUUUCAAUCUACUUUGUUUUAGCAUAUGAAUUAUUUAUUUCUUACCAAUUUGUUUAAAGGGUUAGGUUGAUUAAGUAUUCACCAUUUGAACAGCAUUUUGUCUCUCUGUACUACGCAAUGCAAUGGAAAUGACUACAGAAAAAUCUCGCUAACAAUUUGGCUAAUAAAUUCAAAAGUAGAUUCUGCAAUGAAAACCUGAAAAUUGUUAUGAACUAUUUAUUGUGAAUGGUUAUUAUAAUGAAUACUGUGUAUGUUUAUGUAUUGUCCUACCUGUAUUCAACAAUAUUACACUAGGUAUGUGAAAAUACAUCUUCUUUAGUAAUUCUAACUGAAAUAUUUCCUUGAUACAUAUUAGUGUAAAAUUUUCAAUAUAUGGAAUAUUGUAAAAUAGUAAAGUUUUGUGAUUACAAGUCAAUUAUUUUUCUUGAGAGUUUGCAUUGAUUGUAUGAAUUACAAUGGAUGAAUCAUUUUAAAGUGAUUUUUUUAAAGAAUGACAAAUU